UUCAAUUUUCUGCUUCCUGCUCUUCCUCUUCCUCACAAAGCAAUGCUGGGUUCAGCAUUGCGCAGAGUCGCCACCAGGCUCUCCUCUUUUCCUUCUCCUUCUUCCUCAUUUCUCAUCUUCAAUAAUUCAACUAACCCCAACUCAACCUCAGGCAGACUGUUUCAUCUUCCUCAUUUUUACCUUUUUUCAACCACGGUAACGGUGCCGGCGGCUCAUGAAACUAGCAUUUUGAGAAGCACCAGGGACAAGUUGGGUGGAGGCCGACGAGCAAGACGACCAGUACGACAUCGUUUCGUUAAGAAAAGUAGUGGUAAUGUUACGACAAAUACUUAUGCUGCAAUUGAGCUGGCUUUGGAUUCGGUGGUAAAGGUUUUCACAGUUUCCAGAAGCCCCAACUAUUUUCUUCCGUGGCAGAACAAAUCCCAACGAGAGACGACCGGUUCAGGAUUUGUUAUUCAUGGAAAAAAGAUUCUAACAAAUGCUCAUGUGGUGGCGGAUCAUACAUUUGUGAUGGUAAGAAAGCAUGGUGGUUCUACCAAAUUUAGAGCCCAAGUUGAAGCCGUGGGUCAUGAAUGUGACUUAGCCAUUCUUGUUGUUGAUAGUGAAGAAUUUUGGGAGGGUGUGACUUUUUUAGAGCUAGGAGAUAUUCCAUUUCUUCAACAAGCUGUUGCAGUUGUUGGAUAUCCUCAAGGUGGUGACAACAUUUCGGUAACUAAAGGAGUUGUUUCCAGAGUUGAACCAACCCAAUAUGUCCAUGGUGCAACACAGCUGAUGGCUAUACAGAUUGAUGCUGCUAUAAAUCCUGGCAAUAGUGGUGGCCCAGCAAUUAUGGGCAAUAAAGUUGUUGGUGUUGCCUUUCAAAAUCUUUCCGGUGCCGAGAAUAUAGGUUAUAUUAUUCCUGUUCCAGUUAUAAGGCAUUUUAUAAUUGGUGUUGAGGAAAAUGGAAAAUAUGUUGGAUUCUGCUCUCUAGGACUAUCAUGCCAAACCACAGAGAAUGUUCAACUUCGAAACUACUUUGGAAUGAAACCUGAAAUGACUGGAGUACUUGUGGACAAAAUUAAUCCUCUAUCAGAUGCUCAUAAAAUCUUGAAAAAAGAUGAUAUCAUCCUCGCAUUCGAUUCCGUGCCAAUAGCAAAUGAUGGGACAGUUCAUUUUCGUAACAGAGAACGGAUAACAUUUGAUCAUUUGGUGUCAAUGAAGAAACCCAAUGAAAAAUGUUUACUUAGAGUCUUGAGGGAUGCCAAAGAGUACGAAUUCAGUAUCACACUACGACCUUUGCAACCACUAGUUCCAGUGCAUCAGUUUGAUAAGCUACCUAGCUAUUAUAUUUUUGCUGGCCUGGUCUUUAUUCCACUUACCCAGCCAUACCUUCAUGAGUAUGGAGAAGAUUGGUAUAACACUUCACCACGUAGAUUGUGUGAGCGUGCAUUGAGAGAGUUGCCUAAGAAGGCUGGUGAACAACUUGUUAUUCUUUCUCAGGUUCUGAUGGAUGAUAUCAGUGCCGGGUAUGAGCGUUUUGCAGAAUUACAGAUUAAGAGGGUCAAUGGGGUGGAAAUUGAAAACUUGAAGCAUCUAUCUGAACAAGUCGAAAACUGUAGCUCAGAAUGCUUGAGGUUUGAUUUGGAUGAUGACAGGGUAAUUGUAUUGGACUAUCAGAAGGCGAAACUUGCCACAAAUAGAAUAUUGAAACUUCACAGAAUACCGUCUGCAAUGUCUAGUGACCUUAGAGGCGAAGAGAACCCGGAAAUUGAGUUGGCCUGCGCAAGCUGAAUCUGCCUUCAGAAUCAGAACAUUGUCACUAAAAUGAAUGCAGAGAAAGUAAAAUUUUGGUUUUGUGAUCGAGUCAGUUGUAGCUUUCACUUUUAGUUACAUAUUGAUCUAGGAAUAGCAUCAUUUCUGUGUCAACACUACCAUGUUUGAGGUUUACUUUCAAGAGCAGACCUAGACUUGGCAUUGAUCCGGUCAAUGGGUCUGUCCGGUUUUGUCAGUGACAGAUUAAAUAAAUGUUAGAACUAUAUUUAAUCAACGAGAAUUAUAGUUUAGUGGUA